ACUGCUGUGUUCCAUUUACGUCCUGGGAGUGACAUCACCUCCACAUUGACCCUGUUUCUGUUGAUAAGUCAGAAAAAACUGGUGCGUAAAUGUUGGGGUUUGUUUUGAGUUAUAAAUCCGACUUGAGAUCAUGUUGCAGUUUAAAAUUCUGACAAGGAUCUUGGAAGUUCCGACUUUUUACUACAACUGAAAUAGCUAUAACAAUACCGAGUUAAUCUGUGACCUCAUGACAGGCGUGAGAUGAAAGGCAAAGGCCAAGGCCAAGACAGAAAAGUAAGAGAAAGUAUUGAGUGAAUUCAGAAAAGCCACAGGCGCGAACUGCCCUAAAACACCAACACCAGUCAACGACCACAUUGUAAGAUUAUGUGCACUACUCCAUUUCCUCCAGACCAGUUAGAAAAAAGCAGGUUAAACUGGAACUUGUCAAGUUUCACACAUGACCGUCGGACAAGCAUUCAACAAAUCCAGCGAGUAUCACAUGAUCAAGGCUCUGGGGAAAGGAUCUUUUGGAGUUGUGUACAAAUGCAUCAGACAGGACACCAAAGAGAUGGUGGCCUUGAAGUCCUUACGGAAGAAUUACGCUUGGAUCGGCGAGAGGGAGGCGGGCAUUCUCAAAUCUUUGAAUCAGUGCUGCCACGGCACCAGGAACGUGGUCAAGUUGAAUCGGCAUUUCAUGAUCAGUGACGACUUUUUCCUGGAAUUUGAAAUGCUGGACAUGACCAUCAGUCAGUUCAUGGUCAAGUACGCCAGGCCAAUGCACAUGUACGAGAUCCAAGCCAUCGCACAGCAGACGGUCGAGGCUCUGGACACCCUCAAGAGCAUCAGUGUGGUGCACUUAGACCUGAAGCCAGAUAACAUCAUGUUCAUCGACCACAAGCUUCAUCCCAUGAAGGUGAAGGUGAUUGAUUUUGGUUUGGCCACUCUUGUCUCCAACAUGACCCAAGGCAAAAGGUUCCAGGCGAGUAGUUACAGAGCUCCUGAGGUCACACUGGGCCUUAAUCUGAACGAGGCUGUGGACAUGUGGUCUCUCGGCUGCGUUUUGGCCUUCAUGUACCUCCGAUCCCACUUGUUUUCCAGGGUGUUGUGUGAGCAUCAGGUAACGCGAGAGAUCGUCCAGAUAUUUGGUCUGCCUGAGAAUCACCUGCUGGACUCUGGAGUUUGUACGAGAGAGAAUUUCCUCAAAGACGGAGACUCCUGGAGGCUGGUGGAGAUGUGCAAUUGCGAGAAACGCACUAACGCACAGAAUAAGUGGAAGUUUUCCUGUCUCCACGACAUUGUCCUGACUCGCCCACACACGUCCGAUUACGAGGACACACAGGCGUUUGUGAACCUCCUCAAAGAGAUGAUGCAGGUGAAUCCGAAAAAAAGAGUCACCCCGCAGGAAGCUCUGAAUCACCCAUUUUUCACGGUCAAGAACUUUCCAAGUGAUUCUAUGUGCAGUAUGGAAGAGCGAUCGGCCAGUUUGACAGAAGAAGAACGGCGACAGGAGGAAUGCAACAUCAAAAUCCCUAAAUUGGUAGAAGUCAUUGAAAGAGAGUUGUCUAUUUGUAAUGACACCGGUGAAAUUGAACCUUUUGUUGAGAGAGCAGCAGUGACAACUAGCCUUCAUAAUAAAAGGACUGAUCAGAUGCUACCUGCCGCUGCUGCUCACGACGCUGGUGACACCCACAUUAAUGAAGGCAGAGUGGUUGAAAUCAAAGCUCCGAGACGUCGCAAGACGGUUCCCAGAUCAAAGAGGAUUUCCAGAUUCCUCUCGCGGAGGAUCAGUAAACUGUGUCACCAAGAUUGUGUCGCAAAUACCCAAGAAGAGUCGCGUACUAGUCGUGUCUCUGAACGGGGAAACAUGUGCUCUAACAGAAAAGAAUUGGUUGACGUGAAAACCAGGAGAAGUCUUUGGAGGAGGAUUUGGGAUUUUUUCACUCAGCCGUUGUGUUCAAAGAAGACUGACGUCAUCGAAUAAUGAUUUAGGGCGACACAAGAGAUUUCGGUCGACACAAGAGACUUGGCUAACUAGCUUGUGAAAGGGAUUUUUGUGAUGCUAAGUGCUUUCUCUAUAAGGCUGUAAGGACUUGGCAUUUCCAUGCAAGGUGCCCUGAGGUUGUGGACGUUGUGUUCGGGUGCCAUUCAAAUAAAACUGA